AUGCUAAUAGCAUCUCCAGAUGAAUUUUCUCAAACCUUACAAGAGCCUAUAAAGGCAACACACCGUGUUGACCAAACACCUCGGCCACCUAGCACCGAAUAUCAACCGGCAUCGCACAGCUAUACAGCUCCGGACAGUCAUAAAAAAAUAUCGCCACCGCUAAAUAUGGUCAGCAUGAGUUCUACAUUGCCUACUUACCAGAAUGCAUCUCUGCCUUUUAGACAAACCAACGUUCAGCAUCAGUUUAUUGAAACACACCAGUCGCAAGGGAUCAUGUAUCCCGUCCAGCAAAUGCCCUACGUUUGCCAGAAUCCCGGGAACACAAUGUAUAACGUACCAUAUUCACCGAAUUAUCAGCACCCAUAUAUACAUCAUCAUUCUCAGCCUCACACUGGAUAUUUAGCGUAUCACCCGUCCCACGAAGGAGGCGCCACAGUGAAUACACAACCGGCGGUGUAUAGUCCUUCGUACUACUCACAACAUUCAUAUAACGCUGGGUUUGAAAAUAAUCAAGCGAAUUCGAAUGUUCGCAUGAGCGAACAGCCUCCAAAGGACUACCACCACUCUCAAUUACCUCACAUGUCACCGAGAAAAGCAAUUGAAAGGGGCGUGUCUGCGGCAACCUACGACGUCUCUCAGACAAUUGUUGACGGAUCCUCGCCUAUGAAGCCGUCGCGGGCUCCUAAAAUUUCGGGUACCGCACCACGAGGCCCACCACGUAAACCAAAACAGUCUGGCCAUGCCCUGUGGGUUGGAAAUCUUCCUCCAAUGGCUAAUGUUGUCGAUCUGAAGGACCAUUUUUCUAAAGAUGCAACCGACGAAAUCGAAAGCGUGUUUUUGAUAUCGAAAAGCAACUGUGCUUUUGUGAAUUAUAAGAGCGAGGGUGCUUGUGCCGCGGCGUUGUCUAGAUUUCAGGAUUCUAGGUUUCAUGGUAUGAGGUUAGUGUGCAGAUUACGGAAAGGUGUGACUCUGCCUGGCUCUGGUCCACUUGGUCGCGUCGGUGAUCGAAACUCUCUAGCACAAGACAACGAUCAUAUGGUGACUCCUGCGGAGAGCGAGAACGCAAGCCCGAGUCCGCCUCGAAAGCUGGCACGAGUACCAGAGCGAUUCUUUGUUGUCAAAAGCUUAACAGUAGAAGAUCUUGAAUUAAGCCGUCAAAGUGGCGUAUGGGCAACACAGACUCAUAACGAAUCCAUUUUCAAUGAAGCUUAUGAGUCUGCGGAUAAUGUCUACCUGAUCUUUUCAGCCAAUAAAUCAGGAGAAUAUUUCGGUUACGCGCGGAUGAUUUCCCCUAUCAGUAAUGACGACGCCCUCAGUCUGGAAAUGCCAGUGCGGGUUGAGAGGGGGUUGAUUGAAGCAGACGACUUCAAGGUAACACCCACAGAAGCCACAGCAACGGCGCCUAAAGGGAGGAUAAUCGACGACACGGCUCGGGGGACGACGUUCUGGGAAGCAGACUCAUCAGAUGAUGAUGACGAUCCGGAUGAUAUAGAGGGUCGUCACGAUGAAGACGAUGAUGGCAGCGAGAGCCAAGGCGCUGAUGGGGAUGCCUUGAAGGAUGAAGCAAGUGUCGAGAUGAGCGAGAACAAUGGAGCCACGGGCGCUCAGUCUCUAGGGAAACCUUUUCGAAUACAAUGGAUGUCAACCGAGCGUGUUCAAUUCUAUCGCACUCGAGGAAUGCGUAACCCUUGGAACGCCAACCGCGAGGUCAAAAUUGCUCGCGAUGGCACUGAGAUAGAACCCAGCGUUGGAAGAAGAUUGACGCAGCUCUUUCACCAGCAUCUGCAGGACCAUCGCGGGGGCAGCCGGUAA